UCUUGGAAGCAGAAUGCUGAGCUCUUCGCUAGUAAACAGAUGCGCCCUACGCUUGCUUCGAUCACUUGUACUGCGUGGACAAAAACCAUGGAUUUAAAUAGCUUUUAGAUAACCCAUGUAACACGUACAUUUGAGCUCCAUCUCGUUAAGUAGUUGUAAGCCAAGAGUAAUCCAUCCUUCUUUCGUAUAGCUUCUUCGUCCAUUAUUAGAAAAUCCGCCAGCAGUGUAAAGCAAGCAAGAGCAAGAGACUUAAUAGAGAAGUCAACCACCAAACAAUGAAAUGACCAAGUGGCGUCUUCACACUUAUCUCUACUUGUUGAUAUUAAGUCCAGUUGCCCUGUCAGGGGUUCCAGGUAUCAAGCUUAAGCCUGUCCACUACUACGAUGAACAGAAAGAGUACCCAGAGUACCGGUCAGUCGUGGGGAGAAAACUAGUUCUACCAUGUAACAUCACACCCCCUUCCCCUGACGACCGUGUUUCACUCGUGCUGUGGUAUCGUGGAACGUCUGGAAAUCCUUUGUACGGAGUGGAUGCUAGGAACGAGCCAGUGGAAAAUGCCAAACAUGUAAUUCGUGACGAGUAUAGUUCUAGAACUAGUCUAAAUAUCACGGCAAGAUCGGCUUCUCUCGUUAUACAGCCAGUAACUGAAGACGACGCUGGUGAAUACAGAUGUAGAGUAGACUAUCAGCGAGGACGAACCAGUCACCGAAAACUGAAUGUCAGUAUUAUUGUUCCUCCUAAAGAUAUUUAUAUCCGAUAUGGUGAUCACAGAUAUGAAGGUGGUAGGAUAGGGCCAUUUGACGAAGGAAGUUACUUGAACCUCACAUGUGAAGCUGUAGGAGGAAACCCGCCUCCUAUUGUUUCUUGGUGGAGUGGAUCCAUCCUAAUAGAUGACACCUAUUGGCGUGUUUCAGAAGAAGCUGUCGCAAACAGUUUGGACAUUCCUUACUUGUACAGAAACUACUCCAUGAUGGCGCUGACAUGCAACGCUUCCAAUACCAAUUUUAUUCCCCCAAGAUCGAUAACGGUGAAGAUUGACUUAAAUUUGAAGCCUCAGAUUGUUCGAAUUUCAUCACCAAGAUCACCACUUCUUGCUGGAAUUGAAAUGGAAAUCACGUGCCAGUCUCAAGGGUCCCUUCCACCGGCGGAAAUAACUUGGUGGAUGGAAGGGAAGAAACUGAAGGCUUCCCAAAAACCUGUUACAGGCAACAGAAAAGUCACGACCAGUCAUAUUUUCAUUUCACCGAGAAAAGAAGACAACGGCAAAAAACUCGUUUGUCGAGCAAAAAACCCUCGUUUGUCAGAAAGUGCCUUAGAGGAUAUAUGGAAGCUAGACGUGCAAUAUAAGCCUGAAUUAUAUUUGGAGUUACAAACCAGUGAUGAAGAUAAUGUACUUCGAGAAGGAACAUCUGUUUACUUGGACUGCAAGAUAAAUGCCAACCCUCAAUAUCGAGAGGUUCAGUGGAUAUUAGAUGAUCACAGACUAUUUUCUAAUCCAGUUAAUGGUAUCGAGAUUCAUGGACAUACACUUAUGAUAAAGAAUGUAUCUCGAGAACACGAAGGAAGUUAUCGCUGUGCUGCUGACAAUUUAAUCGGGAAAGGAGAGAGUAAGAACAUUUUUUUGGAUGUCUUGUUUUCACCCAUUUGUGCUUCUCGUCCGAAAACAAUUUAUGGUGUGGGGAAGGAGGGGAAGGUUGACAUAUUAUGUGAACUCAUUGCUGAGCCCUUAGAGGUCGUGUUCCGUUGGAGAUUUAACACCUCGGGAGAAACUGUAGACGUCAAUUCUUUCAGCAGUAAUCGAACAAGCAGUGUCGCUACUUUCUCGCCCAAAUCUAAAUAUGAUUACGGAACUCUUUACUGCUGGGGAGAAAACAGUAUCGGUGUUCAGCAGGAACCGUGUGUUUUUAACAUUAUACCAUCAGCCAGACCGGAGCCUGUCACCAACUGUAGUGUAGAAAAUCAGACGGAAAGAUCCUUUACAGUUAACUGUAUAGCAGGAGAAGAUGGUGGACUUAAUCAGCGAUUCCACCUCGAAGUAUACACCAAGAACAGCCACCGAUUACUGGUAAAUCACACAAGGUUUGAUCAACCGAUCUUUGAGGUAAAUGAUCUCCCCCCCGAUAGUUCCCUAAGAAUCUCGAUCUAUGGGUCUACUGCCAGAGGAAAGAGUCCUGCAGUUCUGAUUGACACGAAAACACUUCUGUCGACGGAGAAACAACCAGGAAUUGUUUUUCCACUUUUAAUCAGCCCUCUCGUGGCGGUGUUACUCGGGAUUAUCAUAGUACUUGUGAUCUUGGGGAUGAUUGUUCUUAUCAUAGUGAAGCAAAGAAGAAAUAGGCUACAACAAGGUGUGUCUUUAGGCCCAGGUGAUGACCAAAAGUCUAACGAGCAGAUAAAGAACAUAGAUGACCAACCUGACCCUGAAGAUAAGUGUCCAGACGUGGUUCCUCCAAGAAAUGUUUCAUCAGAAGACAUGAUGAAAAAUCCAGCAAUCAAUAUGACUGACUUGGGAACCCAAAGGAUUUACGAGAAUUUGAGGAUUGACAGGGAUCGAACCUAUGAGAAUAUAAUAGCUCGUGAAGAUUUUCUGCCAAACCAGGAAGAACUUAUGUACAGAGAACUGUCUCCUUCGGAACCCAAAACUCAACUGGUCAGAAGAACGGAUGUAGAACAUACAGAAUAUGCGAACAUUGACCAUCAGAGAAGCCACAACCUUCGACCCUGUCCACGGAUGGAGACGGGGGAAGAGUUGGAUGGAUUUUCAGUGGAGACUCCAUUAAUGAAUAGCCUUAAAAACGACAGAAGAUGGGGAAGAACAGAUCGGAAGAGACCUGUUGUAUCAACGGCAGUGUAAACGCUAUUCGAAAAUAUCGGAAGAGGUAUCUAUUAUUAACGGCAGUCUAACAACGCCAUUCGGAAAUAUUGGAAGAGACCUGUAGUAUCAACGGCAGUUAAACAACUCCAUUCCAUGCCUGCAAGUAGUAACCUCUCGUUUGUGAAGAGUUUACUCAGAGAAAGACGAUCAGGGAAAUGCCUUAUCGAUCUCUCGAGUAUGUGAUUAUGAGAUGCUAAAAUCGUUUCUGGUGUCUGUAAACAAAUGUGAUUUUUUUUAGUAAAAUGGAUACGUCUACUGGUCUUUGGUGAGAAGACCCAGCGGUGAUAGCUUAAAGAACCGCGUCCUUUGCCUAAAUCUCUGUUAUCAGUGAUGUUUUGUGUUUACUAUUGACGGUUAUAUCUGUGGUUAUGUAAGUUUGAUGAAGUGUCUCCAAGUUUAAUAUAGAGCUAUACACACUUGUUUAUAAAUGUGGUUUGAUCGUUAAAUUUUUGUCAGUUUGUAAAGGAGUAGAAUUACGUUUAAUUUUGCAUAUUAUCUCGAUAUUUUGUUGAAUGUGCUGUGGUUGUGUGAAUAGUUUUUUGUGAUUUUUGAAUAUAUAUUUGAAUAAUUAACUAAUUAAUAAAAGUUUUAAGUUAAAAAAAAAUCAUAAUCGACAUGAAAUCUGAAUUACCCUUUUUAAUUUGUAUUUUUCUUCGUUGUUGUUUUUAUGACAUGAUUUAAAUCUUUAAUGUUAAAUACGGCGUAAACCUUUCAAAACACCUUCGUCUCUCGUUUAGCAAUAAGCACCAAUCAUUUUGGCAAAUACUAUCAAAGUUGUGAAAAUAUGGAAAAAAAGUCAUAUAUAUAUGCUAAUUAAAUCAUGGCUGGAAAUAUUAAUGAAACUAUCAACCAGUAUCUCUGAUGUUCUCAAAGAUCACCCUAGUUGAAAUGAAGUAAAUGUUGCGGAUGGUAUUCAACAGAAUUGGCUAAACCCAAACUGAAUGAAAGUAAAAAAAAAAACUAAAAACAAUGUGGAUGGUAUUCAACUCAAUUGGCUAAACCCAAACUAAAGGAAACUAAAAAACGAAACAUUACGGAUGAUAUUCAACACAAUUGGCUAAACACAAACUGAAUGAAAGUAAAAAACUGAAAUUGGGUAUUUACGGCCCAAUUUUACCUUUCAAAUAUUCAUUAGAAAAUGAUAGACGUCUCAGUGAUCCUUUCUCAGAACUUUGCUCAAUUAAGUUGUAAAUAUUCUCAUUUAUUUUUCUACUCAGUCCAUUUGCUUAAAUAACAAUUUUCUUGUAUAUUGUUAACACGACUAAACGAACAUAGAAAUAAUCACCCACACUGCUCUAAAUUCGUUUCUAAUUUAAAAAAAAAAUACAUUUUAUUACCCUGCCUUUUCAAGUAUUUGGAAAAUGCUGAAACUAAAUUUACUAUUGAGCAUAUGUAUUAAUCUUAUGAAAUAAUCAGUAACAGUGAUAAAGUUAUCACUUUUCAAUAACGGUGAAUUACGUGGGUACAGACUUUCAGACAUGGUAGAUUGUGUGUAAAAGCUGUAUAUAUAUUUAUGUUGUAAAACAAGGCACAGUACAUUAGUUUAUAGUCAUGCUUUAGCAGUAAUAUAACGUGUUGUAUUAGAAAUUGUUUUUAUUUAUAACGCUUGUUAAUUACUAACUGAAAGUCAAACAUAGACUUAAAGUUAGUGUUGUUUCAUUUAUUUCUGGUAAAAUUAUUAAAAUACUAAUUUUUACGUAACUAUAUUUGUAAUGUUGAAUAAACAGUUGUAAAUUGUGAA